AGUGGACUAUUUCCGGCAAAUUGUCUUACAACAAUUGCCUAUGAAUUAUCAAUUCCGUUUGUUCUGACAGGAUGUGAGAUAUUUCCUAGUCUUCAUCGUAUUCCAUGGAACCCCAGUGUUUUUCCAAGCAACGUCUUCUCAUUCUCCAAUAAGAUGACAUAUUCGGAAAAGUUAAUAAGUACUUUGGCUGCUAUUGUAGACUACACUAUUCCUCCUAUUGGAGCGCCUAAACACAGUGUCAAAACAUAUGCGAAGGACAAACCUGAUAUUUCAUUCAUAGAUUUACUACAUCAGACACAGUUUUUUCUUAUUGAAAAAGAUGUACUUCUAGAUUAUCCACUACCACAACUUCCAAAUGUAAGAUACGUUGGUGGUCUGGCUGCAAAACGCUCAUUGCCUUUGAAGGGAGAAUUAGUGAAAUUCGUAAAUGCGUCUAAGAAUGGAAUAGUUGUGGUGUCAUUUGGCAGUAUUGUCAAUGAUUUCCCUGCUGUUCAAUUAGAGAAACUACAAAGUGCAUUGAAACAAAUAAAAUAUGAUGUUGUGUGGAGACAGAAGAAAACAUCAUUUUCUCAUAAGAAUAUUUAUAUCAGUGAUUGGGUACCACAAAAUGAUCUGCUUGGCCAUCCUAACAAAUUAUUUGUUACUCAUUGUGGAAAUAGCGGUCAGUUUGAAGCUUUGUUCCAUGGUGUACCAAUGCUGGGAAUGCCUUUAUUUGGAGACCAACAUUAUAACUCUCGCAGAAUGACCGAGAAAGGAUACGGAUUGUCUCUAGAUAUAGAGAACUUCACUCCGGAGGAAUUAAUAGAGAAAAUGAAUGAACUAAUUGAAAACAAAACAUAUUCUGAGAAAAUUAAAAGAGCUAGUGAAAUAUUUCAUUCUCGGCCCGAAUAUCCAGCGAAGAAAUCAGCCCGCCAUAUUGAUCACAUCUUGAAAUAUGGUGGAGAAUAUCUAAAAUCUCCAUGUCAAGAGAGUCGAUUGUAUGAAUUUUUAAUGAUCGAUGUAUUAGUACCUAUAUUUGCUGCAACAUUAUUUUUGAUAUAUUUAAUAUAUCGAAGUGUGAAAAAAUGUUUAUCGUUUUGUUGCAAGAAAAAAACGAAGAUUGACUAAAAUCAUUUCUUUGAUAAGUUGAAAGAAUGUAAAUCAUGGCAGGUUUUUGAUCUAUUGAAUUGAGGGUUAGAAACAUUUAAUUUUAAAAAAUAAUUGAAAUUUGGAAAUUUUCUGUAGAUGUCAUAUUUAUGUGGUGUAGUUUUUAAAGAUUUACCUCAUAUGGUGUGUUGAUUUUUCUUUUUGUUUCAAACAUUUUGUAGAAGCUCCGUAUUAAACAUAAACAUCUUCACUGAAAAUAAUACGUGUUAAAGUACAGUGCCAUUAUAUUUCUUAUAAUCAAAACAAGAUGUUUAAUCUUCGGUUCA